UCAAGAUUCCUUAGAAUUAUCUUCGUGUAACCCAGAGCCAAGUCUAUCGAAAGAAUCAAUAGCUUAGUGAUCAACUAUAAAUGUUACAGGAACGUGUUUACUUACGCGUUAACUCCGAGGUUGACAGCCAUGUCUUUAACAGUUCUUUCGGACGAUCAAAUUUGCGGCUUGCUGGAGAGUCUUAGCCACGACGAAGCUCAAGAACUGAUCGACACGCUUAGAAAUGCCCUUCACGAGUACUCAACCGGUACACAGUCUAUAAAGGAUGGCAUCGUUCACCAACCCGAGCGAAUAUCGGUACAUUCUAAUACCACCAGCGCGACUACGCUUUUCAUGCCUUCGAUUAGUACGCUCGGCCAUGCGGUAAAAGUCGUUACUUUGUCGUCACCAUCAGCGAAUAAAUCGGCAGAUACGGCACUACCUCCUAUCCGACCUACCGGCUCGGUGACCCUCUACUCUCCCCAGGGCCCUCCUAUAGGCUUCCUACACGCAAAGACCCUUACCGCUUUCCGUACCGCGCUUGCUUCAUCCUGUCUCCUUGCAAAGCGCGCUUCGGUCCGAACCCUUGUUGUGUUUGGCUCGGGAUUACAAGCUUACUGGCAUAUGCGCCUAGCGUUGAUGUUACGGGGCGAUACCAUCCGCCAAGUAUACAUUAUCAAUAGAACGUUCAGCGAGAGUGCUAAAGAUACGUUCAAGAAGAUAUAUGGCAUACCUCAAGAUAUCAAGCAGCGCGAAGGGUGGGAACAGGCACAGUUUAGCAUACUAACUCAGACCUACGGGGAUUAUGGCAGAUUGCUGAAAGAUCACUUGAGGGCGGCAGAUGUCAUCUACUGUUGCACGCCAAGCACCGAAGAUUUAUUCGACGCGAGCAUACUGACAAGUCGCGAAGGUCGGAGAAAAGGUAGGUUGAUUGUUGCGAUAGGGAGCUAUACAAAGCAGAUGCGUGAGCUACCUCGAGAGCUGCUACUCCAGGCCGUCAAGACACGUACACUCGGACAUCAUUAUCAUAAACACGCAACGGAGGGCGGAGUUAUUAUUGUGGAUACUCUGGACGGGGCACUGAAGGAGGCGGGCGAGAUCAUCGAAGCAGGCUUGGAGCCCACGCAACUCGUUGAACUGGGCGAGCUGGCCAUGAUUCACAGGCUAGCAAAGGAAGAAGAGGAAGCGCUUGUAUCUCAGAGCUCAACCGAAGUUUCCUCCAUCAACGAGUCUUCCGAAAGGCUAGACCUCGCAUCACCCGGGUCGGCUAUGUCAACCGUCUUCGGGACCGACUCGGGUAACUGGGCACCGGAUAGCGGAGGUAAGCGAUCUUCGUCGCGCAGCCCGAGUCGGAGGAGCAGCAGCAGCCGCUCCUUGCCUUUCCACCAUCGGCAAAGUUCGAGUCAGGGGACUGUGGACGAACAGCGGCAAAAGCAGCAGCAACUGGGGCAUGACCACCACUUGGCGCGUUGGCUCUCGGCUGGCAAUGUUAUUUAUAAGAGCGUAGGGCUGGGGCUCAUGGAUCUCGUAGUCGGAUUUGAGGUUAUACGUUUGGCAAAGGAAAGAGGGCUGGGCAGCUACAUCGAGGGGUUCUCGUAGUGCGAGAAUAGCCCGUUGGCACCUAUAUUGGAUGAUCUGGGGCUAUCUACGUUCCGCCGAGACUUAUCUCGGCACAGAUGAGAGAAAUGUUAAUAUUGGAUUUAAAAAUACGCCAUGCGACUGAAUUAUAUUGUUGAUAUUUAUUUCAUAGAGAUGGAUGGCAACGAAGCUUGCAAUAAUUUGCAUAUACGAUA